UCCAUUUUCUAUAUUGUACAAAGUAGCGGCAUAAAGUUUUCUUUCUCAUCCGCUUUUUCUCCUGUUCUCUCUCUCUCUCUCUCUCUCUUACCCUUUUGCUCUGACGAGCUUUUCUCUCUCUCUCUCUCUUUUCUUUCUGUGGGGUCUGUCAUUGAUAUAUUGACUUUAAAGCACCUCCUCCUUUGAUUAAGCUUGCUGCUUAGCCUACUACUGUUACCACUACUGAAACCAGCCUCAGAUUUGGAGUUUUUUCAGUACUGAAGUGAGAAAGUAAUGGCAGGAGCUCCAGCUCCAGCACCGAAGGCAGAUGUGCCACCACCACAUCCACCCAAGGAGCAGCUUCCCAAUGUUUAUUUCUGCAUUACCAGUCCUCCUCCUUGGCCUGAAGCUAUACUUCUUGGGUUUCAACAUUAUUUAGUGAUGCUUGGAACAACAGUUAUUAUUCCCACUGCUCUGGUUCCGCAAAUGGGAGGAGGAAACGAGGAGAAAGCAAAGGUUAUUCAGACUGUACUCUUUGUUGCUGGCUUGAACACACUAUUGCAAACUACAUUUGGUACAAGAUUACCUGCUGUCAUUGGAGGAUCAUAUACUUUUGUUGCACCAACAAUUUCCAUUAUCCUUUCUGGUCGAUGGAGUGAUCCAGAUCCUGUAUCGAGAUUCAAAAAGGUAAUGCGGGCCACUCAGGGUGCACUUAUUGUAGCUUCAACACUUCAGAUAGUUUUAGGCUUCAGUGGUCUCUGGCGCAAUGUUGUCAGGUUUCUGAGUCCACUUUCAGUUGUUCCUUUGGUCGCUCUUGUUGGUUUUGGGUUGUAUGAGUUUGGUUUCCCUGGGGUCGCUAAAUGUGUUGAAAUUGGGCUGCCAAUGCUGAUCCUUUUAGUUCUCUUCUCCCAGUAUUUGGGCGAUCUGAUUAAACCAGCGAAGAAAAUAUUUGAUCGCUUUGCUGUUGUAUUCACGGUGGCAAUUGUAUGGAUAUAUGCUCACCUACUAACAGUGGGUGGGGCCUACAAUGGUAAGGCACCAAAAACCCAGACAAGCUGCCGGACUGAUCGUGCUGGACUCAUUGAUGCUGCUCCAUGGAUAAGAGUUCCUUACCCUUUCCAAUGGGGAGCGCCUUCAUUUGAUGCUGGGGAAGCCUUUGCAAUGAUGAUGGCUUCAUUUGUGGCUCUCGUAGAGUCUACUGGUGCAUUUAUUGCAGUAUCUAGGUAUGCGAGUGCAACGUAUAUGCCACCAUCCAUUCUCAGCAGGGGUGUAGGUUGGCAGGGAAUUGGCAUCCUAUUGUCUGGAUUGUUUGGCACUGGAAAUGGAUCUUCUGUCUCUGUUGAGAAUGCUGGCUUAUUAGCAUUGACUCGUGUUGGAAGUCGAAGAGUGGUUCAGAUCUCUGCUGGAUUCAUGAUUUUCUUUUCUAUUUUAGGAAAAUUUGGAGCAGUCUUUGCUUCAAUUCCGGCACCAAUUUUUGCUGCUUUGUACUGCGUUUUCUUUGCUUAUGUGGGUGCGGGAGGUUUGAGUUUCCUUCAGUUCUGCAACCUGAACACCUUCCGAACCAAGUUCAUACUAGGCUUCUCAAUCUUCUUAGGCCUGUCUAUUCCCCAGUACUUCAACGAGUACACAGCUAUCCAAGGAUAUGGUCCAGUCCACGUCAAAGGAAGAUGGUUUAAUGACAUAGUAAAUGUCCCUUUCUCAUCGGAAGCCUUUGUGGCGGGGCUGGUGGCUUAUUUCCUGGAUAACACACUCCAGAAGAAGGAUGCUCGGAAAGACAGAGGUAAGCACUUUUGGGACAAGUUCAAAUCCUACAAAACAGACCAAAGAACGGAUGAAUUCUAUGGACUUCCUUUCGGUAUAAAUAAAUAUUUCCCAUCUGUGUGAGCUAUGCAUCGUCCUGUUGAAGAUUUCAUCCAUGACUAAAUCUUUGAUCCCUCAUUGGCUCUGUGAAGUGGCUGCUCUGCAACACCAUUGGUCUUCAACUCGUGUAUCUUUUUUACAUGCUAAAGGAGUAUAAAUGGUCCGACCAUCUAAAGCUUAAAGCAUUUGUUUGUUAGUUUUCUUUCUGUAAAUCUAAUUUGAUUACAACAUGGACUUGAAAUAUUGGUUAAUCAGCUUUUCUGCUAUCAUCUUUUGGUUCAUCUU